AUGGAAGAAUGUCGUGGAGUGGUGUCCGUGUUUCCCGACUCGAGUUUAGAACUCCACACGACUCGUUCUUGGGAAUUCUUGCGUAGCCAAGAUGCUUUUCGAAUUAUUAAUAAAAAGGCUACUACUACUACUACUACUACCACAAUCUCUCCUCCUUAUGCAUCAAAUUUUUUAUCUGGAGAUCAUGACACUAUCAUUGGCAUGAUAGAUACAGGAAUUUGGCCUGAAGCUUCCAGUUUCAUGCCUACUCAAAGGAUGCGUCAGACCCCGACUCGCUGGAAGGGAAAAUGCUUGGGAGGAAAAAAUUUUAGUUGCAACUGGAAAGUUAUUGGAGCAAGGUUCUAUGACGAUCCCUUACAUCCGGGCCGUGUGACAUCAGCAAGGGACAUGUAUGGGCACGGAAUGCUCACUUCAUCGAUUGCGGCGGGUAUGCCCGUCAGUGGGGCAUCGUACUAUGGAUUGGCCAAAGGGACUGCAAUUGGGGGCUCCCCGAAUUCAAGAAUUGCAAUGUAUUGUAUUGCUGGAGCCGACUAUACUACAUUAUCUGCAAUCCUCAAAUCAAUAGACGAUGCAAUCCAUGACGGGGUCGAUGUAAUAUCAAUUCCAUACCGCUAUCCAGAAAAUGUUGAUUUUCUUGCGAAUCCAGUCUAUAUUGCAGCCUUCCAUGCUGCAGCUCGAGGGGUCACCGUUGUGGGCUCCGCAGGGAAUCAAGGCCCUGAUCCUGAGAGUGUUACUAAUAAUGCCCCUUGGAUCCUAUCUGUUGGAGCCACCACUAUUGAUCGUGACUUGGAGGCUGAUAUUUUGUUUGAUGAAAAAACAAGCAUUAAGGGUGGAGGCAUCAACUUUUGUCGUCUCAGUAAAUCUUAUCCUUUAAUUGACGCAGUACGUGCAGCCACCAACCCACGGGAUCCAUAUAAUGCUAGCCAUUGUUUCCCAGGUUCAUUAGAUCCAAAGAAAGUGAAGGGAAAACUACUUUUAUGCGAAAACGAUGACAACAACUAUGAAACAACAGAAAAGUUCGAGUCACUCAAGAAAUUAGGAGUAAUUGGUAUGAUAGCGAUAAGUGGCUAUGAACGCCAAGAGCAAUUGUUUUAUGGAACUAAUCCUAUUGCAGCUGUUACCGAACGAGAUGGAAGCUGGAUACGAACUUAUAUCAACUCAAAGAGGAAAACAUUGGCGAAAAUUUUACCAACGACGACAAUCCUAAAUUACACGCCAGCUCCUGUUGUUGCAGAAUUUUCUUCUAGAGGCCCUCCACCUGGCAUUCAAAAUCUUAUCAAGCCUGAUGUCGUCGCACCUGGUGUUGGCAUCCUUGCAGCAUAUCCACCAUUUGAUUACUAUAAGAUAAGUGGCAUGGAUCCACCUGACUUCAUUAUUUUAUGGGGCACAUCUCUUUCGUGCGCUCAUGCUGUAGGACUCGCUGCACUUAUCAAAUCUCAACAUCCCACAUGGAGUUCCUCUGCGAUCAUAUCAGCCAUAAUGACAACAG